AUGGGCAUCGGUGACUGUAACUUCCUGGCGUCCCCAGUGUCCGUGGAGCUGACCCCAGACCUCCCCCCUCCAGUCACUGCAUCCCUCUGCGGCCAGGAUAGCUUCGAGGGCAGGCAGGGACUUGCCGGCCGGGGCAAAGAGUACGUGUUUAAACACUGGCAGGAGGACGCCUUCUUCGCCUCCCAGUUCCUGAAAGGCCUCAACCCUGUCCUGAUCCACCGCUGUUGCCACCUGCCAGAGAACUUCCCCAUCACUGAUGACAUGGUGGCCCCCGUGCUGGGCCCUGGGACCAGUCUGCAGGCUGAGCUGGAGAGGGGCUCCCUGUUCCUGGUGGAUCAUGGCAUCCUCUCUGGCAUCCACACCAACGUCGUGAAUGGGAGGCCCCAGUUCUCCGCGGCUCCGAUGACCCUGCUGUUCCAGCGCCCCGGGGGAGGGCCGCUGCUGCCCCUUGCCAUCCAGCUCAGCCAGACCCCGGGGCCCGACAGCCCCAUCUUCCUGCCCGGCGACAACAAGUGGGACUGGUUGCUGGCCAAGACGUGGGUGCGGAACGCCGAAUUCUCCGUCCACGAGGCUGUCACGCACCUGUUGCACGCGCACCUGCUGCACGCGCACCUGCUGCCUGAGGUGUUCGCCUUGGCCACGCUGCGCCAGCUGCCUCACUGCCAUCCACUCUUCAAGCUGUUGAUCCCCCACACUCGGUACACCCUGCAUAUCAACACUCUUGCCUGCGAGCUGUUCAUCGCCCCGGGGCAGGUGGUGGACAGGUCCACAGGCAUUGGCGUUGGAGGCUUCUCGGAGCUGAUACAGAGGAACAUGGAACAGCUGAGCUAUUCCGUCCUGUGUCUGCCCGAGGAUAUCCAGGCCCGAGGAGUCGAAGACAUCCCGAAUUACUACUACCAGGAUGACGGGUUGCAGAUCUGGGGUGCAGUGGAGAGCUUUGUCUCCAAAAUAAUCAACAUCUACUACCCAAGUGAUGCAUCGGUGCAUGAUGACCAUGAACUCCAAGCCUGGGUGUGGGAGAUCUUCUCGGAGGGCUUCCUGGGCAGGGAGAGCUCAGGUGUGCCCUCCGCGCUGGAGACCCGGGAAGCCCUGGUCCAGUACGUCACCAUGGUCAUCUUCAACUGCUCAGCCAAGCACUACGCUAUCAGUGCCGGGCAGUUUGACUCCUGUGUCUGGAUGCCCAACCUGCCUCCCACCAUGCAGCUGCCACCCCACACCUGCAAAGGCCAGACAACGCCAGAGGGGUUUCUAGCCACCCUCCCGCCGGUCAAUGCCACAUGUGACAUUAUCAUUGCCCUCUGGCUGCUGAGCAAGGAGCCUGGGGACCAACGGCCCCUGGGCACCUACCCAGAGGAGCACUUCACGGAGGAGGCUCCUCAGCAGAGCAUCACCGCCUUCCAGAGCCGCCUGGCCCAGAUCUCGAAGGAUAUCCGGGAGCGGAACCGGAGGCCGUCACUGCCCUACACCUACCUGGACCCUCUGCUCAUUGAAAACAGCAUAUCCAUCUAAAUCCCCUGGAGAACAGGGUGCUCUGAGGCAUCCUUUGGACCCCAUAAAACCAGGCCCCCAUAUGCCUCUCCUGGGACAACCAAACCACACGGAACUCACCCCACACACCACAAAACAACAGAAACAAAACAGAGAAACAAAAGGCCCCAAAGAACAGCACCACCGUACCGUACGUUUUGAAGACACUGAGCUUCAAAGUGCUCAAACACCCACAGUUCCCUUAAAGGGUUUUAUGACUUUG